CAGACGGCCCUUGCAGCAUGGCCGCCGGCGCCGCCGCCGCCUUAGCGUUCCUGAGUCAGGAGAGCCGAGCCCGGGCCGGAGGGAUCGGGGGUCUGCGGGUCCCGGCUCCGGUCACUAUGGACAGUUUUUUCUUCGGCUGUGAGCUCUCCGGCCACACCCGCUCUUUCACCUUCAAGGUAGAAGAAGAGGAUGAUUCGGAGCAUGUGCUGGCUUUGACCAUGCUCUGCCUCACUGAGGGGGCCAAAGAUGAGUGUAAUGUGGUAGAAGUCGUGGCCAGGAAUCAUGACCACCAGGAGAUUGCAGUCCCUGUAGCCAACCUCAAGUUGUCCUGCCAACCCAUGCUCAGUUUGGAUGACUUCCAGCUCCAGCCCCCUGUAACCUUCCGCCUGAAGUCAGGUUCUGGCCCUGUGCGGAUCACUGGGAGGCACCAGAUUGUUACUAUAAGCAAUGACGUUUCUGAGCAAGAAGAGAGUGAAGAAGAAGGUAGUGAGCAGGAGGAAGCUGAGUUGUGCCCCAUCCUGCCUGCCAAGAAGCAGGGGGGUAGGCCCUAGCCUCCUUGGAUUGGGAGGAACUCUGAACUUCUGUCCUCACCCUCUCUCCCCAUUUGCCUAUGAGAUUGGAGAUCAGCAUCUGAAGCUCAGGACUGCAC